AUGCUUACUGCUAUAUUAAAGUUAGACUUAUUCUAUUGGGACAUCUUUCUUAUCACACUUUCCCAGUAUGUUGAGGCAUUAACGGUUAACCAGUGGGGAUAUUUGUGUCAGGUAACUAACACAAUGUCGCUGAGGCGUUUCUUAGGCUAUUCUGACGGUGAGCUCAUGAGGUCUGACGCAAAACCUUGUUCUCGGCUAAUGAGGCACACAGCUGGAAUCUAUAGUGUUGGGGGAGCAUUAGGGUUUUGGAUCCUUUGUCGACUGCAUUAUGGUCCUCGAAUUACAAAUCCUAGGAGUCUUCGUUGGGCAGCUUGUGGAGCUGUAACUGUAAGCUCAAGCACGGCUUUACUGGUUCGUUUGUUUAGUCCUGAAUGUGAGCCCCAGAAUAUAGCUGCUUAUGACAAUAAAAAGUAA